GUGUCAGGAUCCAGCCACCCCAUGCCUCCCCACUGUGACAUGGAUUCCUGCAGCUCCGAGGAAUUCUACCAGGCUGUUCAUCAUGCAGAGCAAACCUUCAGAAAGAUGGAGAGCUACUUGAAGCAACAGCAGCUCUGUGACGUUAUCCUGGUUGCUGGGAAUCGCAAGAUACCUGCACAUAGACUUGUCCUCAGUUCUGUCUCUGACUAUUUUGCUGCCAUGUUUACAAGUGAUGUUUGUGAAGCUAAGCAAGAAGAGAUCAAAAUGGAAGGCAUAGACCCCAAUGCACUGUGGGAUCUUGUUCAGUUUGCAUAUACAGGCUGCCUGGAAUUGAAAGAAGACACCAUUGAAAAUCUUCUAGCAGCUGCCUGCCUUCUACAGCUCCGACAAGUAGUAGCGGUUUGCUGCGAUUUUCUAAUGAAGCUUUUGCACCCAUCCAACUGUUUGGGAAUACGAGCAUUUGCUGAUGCUCAAGGAUGCACAGAGCUUAUGAAGGUGGCCCACAACUACACCAUGGAAAAUAUAAUGGAAGUUAUAAGAAAUCAAGAAUUUUUACUUCUACCAGCUGACGAACUCCAUAAACUCCUUGCUAGUGAUGAUGUGAAUGUUCCUGAUGAAGAGACCAUUUUCCAUGCCUUAAUGAUGUGGGUGAAGUAUGAUAUGCAGAGGCGAUGCAAUGACCUAAGUAUGCUACUUGCUUAUAUCAGAUUACCACUGCUUCCACCUCAGAUCUUGGCUGACCUAGAAAACCAUGCACUUUUUAAGGAUGAUCUAGAAUGCCAGAAGCUUAUUCUGGAAGCCAUGAAAUAUCAUCUUUUGCCAGAGAGAAGAACUCUCAUGCAAAGUCCAAGAACUAAACCUAGAAAAUCUACAGUUGGGACUCUUUAUGCUGUUGGAGGAAUGGAUAACAACAAAGGUGCUACAACUAUUGAAAAGUAUGAUCUCAGAACAGAUAUAUGGAUCCAGGCUGGAGUGAUGAAUGGCAGGAGGCUUCAGUUUGGUGUUGCUGUCAUUGAUGACAAGCUGUUUGUCAUUGGAGGUCGGGAUGGUUUAAAGACAUUAAACACUGUUGAAUGUUACAAUCCAAAGACCAAGGCUUGGACUGUGCUACCACCAAUGUCAACGCAUAGGCAUGGCUUAGGAGUUACAGUGCUUGAAGGGCCUAUUUAUGCAGUGGGAGGACAUGAUGGUUGGAGUUAUUUGAAUACAGUUGAGAGGUGGGACCCUCAAACUCAGCAAUGGACAUUUGUGGCAAGUAUGUCAAUUGCCAGAAGCACUGUUGGAGUAGCAGCAUUAAAUGGCAAGUUAUAUUCAGUUGGAGGUCGGGAUGGAAGUUCAUGUUUGAGUUCAAUGGAAUAUUAUGAUCCUCACACAAACAAGUGGAAUAUGUGUGCUCCUAUGUGUAAGAGAAGAGGAGGUGUAGGAGUGGCUACAUGUGAUGGCUUUCUUUAUGCAGUUGGAGGCCACGAUGCUCCUGCUUCUAACCAUUGUUCCCGACUGCUGGAUUAUGUAGAAAGGUAUGAUCCAAAAACUGAUACGUGGACAAUGGUUGCUCCACUGAAUAUGCCUCGAGAUGCUGUUGGUGUCUGUCUCCUUGGUGACAAACUAUAUGCAGUAGGUGGCUAUGAUGGUCAAACAUACCUGAAUACUAUGGAAGCAUAUGACCCUCAAACUAAUGAAUGGACGCAGAUGGCUUCCUUAAAUAUUGGAAGAGCUGGUGCCUGUGUUGUAGUCAUCAAACAACCAUAA